AUGGUGAAGAUAUUUGAGAUGCUUCACAUCAAUGAUAGCGAACUAAGGGUGACUUUGGCGAGUUACUAUCUCAAAGGGGAUGCGAGCCAAUGGUGGAAGUAUGCCAAAGGCCGAGUGGGGCCAAUAGGCGAAACUUUUGUCAUCACUUUCCAAGACAAAUACCUACCUCCCACAGUUAGGGAGAGAUUGAGGCAAGAAUUUCAAAACCUCAAGCAACGAAACCUGUAUGUGGCUGAGUUUGAAGCGGCCUUCACUAGUUUGUCUUGGUUUGCACCGGAGUUGGUGGCAACGGAGGAACGCUGUUGCAUAGAAUUCGAGAAGAGAUUGAGAACGAAGAUCUUGUUCAAGGUUUCCAGAAACAUGAUUUGGAACUAUGAUUGUCUUGUGGAGGCGGUGACACAUGUAGAGAUUAUAGUGCAAGUCGAUGAGGAGAGACUUCGGGGUUUAAGGUCUAAGGGUCAGAAGUCGCAGGGAGACUUCAGACUUAGUAAGAAGCAUAGGAGCACCACUUCAUCCCAACCCCAAUCACAGCAGACUAGUGCUACAUUCCGUUUGCCGAGUGUUAGCUCGAGGAGGAGCGCUCAGGGCAACUUUACUUGUUUUGAGUGUGGCCAACAGGGUCACAAGGUUAAUGCAUGCCCACGGAAGGGAGGAGGGCAGUAG